AUGAAGAUUGUCUUGUGUUGUGUGUAUGAAGUAUAUAGUGUUCAAAAACGACAAAUAAUCACCGACACGGUUCAAGAAAGUAGAGGCUAUUUGAACUUAAAGAUGAGGUUAGCUUACUUGAGUGAUAUUUUUCUCAAAUUGAACGAGUUGAAUUUAAGUCUUCAAGAUGAACAAUUAAAUAUAUUUAUGGACAAUGAUAAAAUCAAAGCCUUUACAAAGAAAAUAGACUUGUGGUGCUCAUACUGCAAGGAGAUUAAUUUUGCAGCAUUUCCUACUUUAGAAAGUUUUGUUAUAGAAAACAAACGAAAAACUGAGUUAUCAUCUGAUGGAAAAUUAAAAUUUGCUUUCAAAGAGCUUAAAUUGAGUCAUUUUUGGCUAAAAGUUCAAAAUGAAUAUCCAGAAUUGUCUGAUGCAGCUCUAAAGGUAUUAUUACCAUUUGCAACAUCUUAUAUGUGUGAGAUUGGAUUGUCCCAAUUUCUCUACUUAAAAUCUAAAUAUCGAAACAAAUUAGCAAUAGAGCCACCUUUAGGACUCAAAUUGAGCAAAAUAGAGCCAGAAAUACCACUACUUGUAAACAAGAAACAGACUCAUAGGUCUCAUUAA